GGAAUGAUGAAUUUCGGCAGUUCCACCGUAAUUUAUACGCUCGGAUCACAUCUCAGAAAUUUCGCACUGCAGUCGAAGUAAUUUCCCAUUGAAUAUGACCCCUCAAGUCCCCGAGAAUCGUUUAAUCCCAUCGUAAUUCCAGUGUUCAUGAGUUUCGCGUCGUUUGAGUGGAGAUAUGUCAGUGAUGCAAUUGCAAUAACAAUUGUCACUGCGCUGUUUCCAUGUAAUUCUGGAGAACAAAAAGGAUUAAGUGAGGAGUUAAUUCGUGGGAAGGAUCGAGUUGUUUUUUUAGAUAAAGGAAAAUAAAAUACAGGGGACAAUGGAGGCUGUACCGAGGCUGCCCAUGCUGUCGUUUCAACUCAAAGUCAGUCCUGAGGCCACGUCUUUCGGAAAAUUGAAGCAGUAUAUUCGAGAUUUCUACAAUGAAGACCCCGAGUCCUACUCCAAUGAGAUCCACCAGCUGGAGCAUCUCCGGGGAAUGGCGGCUCGCCCACCUAUUGCUGUCACUGGGUGCUCUGUUCUGAAAAAAUACUACUGUCAGCUGCACUUCGUGCAGUCCAGGUUCCCCAUGGGGACCGACGAACCAGCCGCCGUUUCAUUUUCCUGGAAAGACACCUACACAAACAUGGUGUUCACCCUCUCGAACAUUCGUUUCGAGUUGAUCUCAAUCCUGUACAACAUCGGCGCAAUUCACAGUCAACUCGGCAGUAAAACCGAGCGCACGUCGGCUGACGGUAUGAAACUGGCAUGUUCCCACUUUCAAUGCGCCGCCUGGGCGUUCGAGCACCUGCAGAACAGUUACCCCCACCUCCCCGGUGUGGACAUGUCCCCGGACCUGAUGAAGUUCAUGCAGCAGCUGUCGCUCGCCCAGGCGCAAGAAUGCAUUCUCGAGAAGAGCAUGCUUGACAAUCGAAAGCCAACGAUCGUUGCCAAGGUGGCGAAGCAAAUCGUAGACUACUACGGCCUAGCCCUGCGCACCCUGGAACCCAACAACAACGACGAGAGUCCCAUAGGUGAGGCCGUAGGUUCGAAGAUCUACAAAUCGUGGAAGAACUACGUGAAGUUCAAGCGCUCGUACCACAUGUCAGUGACGUACCUCUACCAGGGUCUAGCCGCAGAGGAGCAGCAGAAGAUGGGUGAGCGAGUGGCGUUCUACAACGCCGCGCUGGCCUCCCUGAACACAGCGCGCGGGCUGCACACCUCUGCCAAGGGAGCCGGAGGAAUAACGGGGAUUCCCACGGAGAGAGACGCCAUAGAGGAGGCGCUGGUGUUCACAAACGACGUGAUUGAGGGCAAGCGCAAGGCAGCCAAGAACGAGAACGAGUUCAUCUACCACGAGGAGGUCCCCGAGAAGGACAUGCUGCCAACAGUGAACGGCGCAUCGCUGGUGAAGGGGAUCUCCUUCAACGUAAACGACCCGGAGAUAUCGGGCCCCGACAUAUUCGCUCGACUGGUCCCGAUGCAGGUGCACGAGGCCAGCUCCCUCUACUCAGAGGAGAAAGCGAAGAUCCUGCGCUCGGUGGGAGGAAACAUCGAGGAGAAGGACCAGAUCCUGGAGACUUACCUGUCGAGCCUGAAGCUCCAGCACUUGACCCUCUGGGACCCGGACAUUCCCACGAGCUCCGAGGACGUUCUGGCCCUCCCCGAGGAGCUGGUGGAGCGCUGCGCAGCCCUCAACGCUCGUCCAAACGCGAUCAAAGACCUGGAAGACAUGAUGAGUAAGCUGUCGAUCACCUACGGCGACGUGGAGGCCAUGCUGAAGGACAUUGACAAGCUCCUGAAGGAGGAGGAGCUGAAGGAGCGCCAGUACCAGGAGACGAUGGGCAAGCGUCCCCCCUCGAUCGUGGCGACAGAUCUGACUCGAGAGGCCAAAAAGUACGAGGAGGCCCACGCAAAGGCCUCUGAGAGCAACCAAGCCCUCCACCGAGCGAUGGCCCUCCACCUGAGCAACCUGCAGGUGCUGUCGCAGCCCCUGAGCGACCUCUCCUCGAAGAUACCCUCGAUAAAGCAGCGGGAGGGGGCCUCGGUGUCGACGAGUGAGGCUGACAAGCAGAAUGUCAGAGAGCUCAAGAGAAUCCUGGGGAAGGUCGAGGAGAUGCAGAGACAGAGGAGCGACCUGCACUCGAAGCUGAGGGACUCCAUAGCUCAGGACAACCUGACGAGACUCCUGGUGACAGCCACAGCAGAGUCUGUCCCUCUGGACUCCCUCUUCACCGAGCAGCUGGAGAAGCACCAGUCCCUGGUGGACCUCAUCAACAAGAACUUAUCAGCUCAGGACAACAUCCUGACGGCGCUGACUGACGCCUACGCGAGGACUGCUGAGACGAGAAAGUCCGUUGACGAGGUACUGAAGCGUCGAGAGAUGAUGAUAACCUCCCUGAUAGCCUCCUACGACGCCUACGAGGACCUCAUGUCCAAGUCCUCGAAGGGCCUCGAGUUCUACCGAAAGCUGGAGGUCAACGUCACGAAGCUCCUCCAGAGGGUGAAGAGCACUUGCCGAGUCCAGGAGGAGGAGCGAGAGCAGAUAAUAGCGAGAAACGAGAAGCCUCAUGUCUACCAAGCUGACGAGAACGUGAUAUCGGUCAAUGUCGGGGAGAAGAAGCCCUCGGGUUCAGGGAUGAAGCUGCGGGAUCACCUGAUUAACCGCAUGAAGACGAAUCCCAUAAGCCCGAAUAACUAUUACCAGUACAGUGAGGGCAAACAGCAGAUUCCUGUUGUCUCAGUGCAGCCCAAUACUCACACCCUGUCGUCAGGCACUUCUGCGCCUAAUCCCAGUGCUGAUGCUGUGAAGUAUCAGGAUCAGGCCUAUCAGGGAUACUACUACCCCAAUCAGGGCUACUACCAGGUCAAUCCUCAAGCUGCACCUCAGGUCAAUCCUCAGGUGAAUCCAUAUCCCCAGUAUUCAGUGGACUUUGACUCGAGUCAGGGCCUGCCAAGAUCGAUAACAACGAAUUCAGAUAAUAUGUAUCGUCAGGCAGGCACAACACCCACUGAAACUGCCAGUGACAGUACUCUGUACGCAGGUUACACGAAUUUCAAGGGCGAUGGGGAGUAUCAGGUGCCCCAGGUGCAGGGAUAUCCACCUGCGUCCCACCCUCAACCUGUGAGCAAUCCUAGUUACCCCUAUCCUGAAUAUUCGAGUGGCAAGAGUGCUCAGGAUUAUCAGAGUUAUUAUCAGGUGCAACAGAGUGCAGGGGCAUCAGUAGAUCAUAAACCCCUGACAACUGUCAAUCAGUCGCCUGCGCAUGCACCUGUGCCCAACAGGCCUGAGGUUGUUGUCACCCCUCAGGCGCAGGUGCAGCCGAUACCUGUGACGCCUCAGGCUCACGUUCAGCCGACCCCUGUUAUUCCUCAGGCUCAGGUGCACCCGACAGUGCCUGAUAGCAGGGAGGGGUAUGGAUAUCCCCAGGUUAAUUCACCGAGCAAUUACGGCAAUCAGGGCUAUUCAGGCAUGUCUGUUUCAGGUGCACCUGUCUCAGGGGUGCCAGGCUCAGGGGUACCUGUUUCAGGUGAUCCAGGUAAUUAUGGUAAUUCAGGUGUGGGAGGUGGGUCAGGGGAUCAGCAGCCGAUGCAAAUGGGGUACUACAAGCAAAUGAUGCCUGCAACGAGUCAAGUGCCUCAGGCAACUCAACAAGACUCUAACUACCCGAAUUACGGUCAGGUUUACAAUCAGGCAACCACGACAAAUGUGCCUGCCUACUCGAAGCCCACUGACACGAUAAUUCAGAGUCACACAAAGUCAACAGGUGCCUAUAUACCAAAUCAGAAUUAUCAGAAUUACUCGAUUCAGGGGCAUCGUAGCUCAGUACAGUUAUACCCGAAUUACUCGCAGGGGUACAGUGCAGGUGGCAAUUGGCAGGGGCAAACGGACUCGUAUCAGGGACAUCCGGGAUACUCGUACGAUGCCACGUCGGGAUUGUAUCAGUACAGUUCAGGUUAUUCACAGCAGAUUCAGGCGCAGCAGGUGCAGGUGACUGAUGGCGCGCUGAAUCGGCGCAAUAAUUCGCAUUAUACGAGUGCUAAUAAUGCAGCUGUUACUAAUUUAACUUCAUCACCUUACACCAAUGGCGCGAGCUAUCAGGAGAAUGGAGGGGAUAAGGAUUAUUAUCAGGUGCAGGGCGCGCAGGUUGACAAUCAGGCUGGGCAGAAUUACGGGGGUGGGGUGGCACAAAGUGGGGGGAUGGGUAAUCAGGGGCAGCAGGGGGUGCCUAAUCAGGUGACAAAUCAGGCACAUCAGGUUGUGCCCAAUCAGGUGAACAAUCAGGCACAUCAUGCUGUAGGGAAUAAUUAUGGGGGUGGAGUAUCACAAAGUGGGGGGAUGAGUAAUCAGGGGCAGCAGGGGGUGCCUAAUCAGGUGACGAAUCAGGCGCAUCAGGUUGUACCCAAUCAGGUGACCAACCAGACACAGUAUGCUGCAGGCAAUCAGGCGCAGCAUGGGGUAGUACCUAAUCAGGCUCAAGGUGCAGCAGUAAAUAAUCAACAGUCACAACAAAGCACUUACAAUCAGGUACCUUCUGCAUAUGCCCCUGGUCAGGUGCGACCUGAUUCUUUUUCGAAUCAGGUGCAUCACAGUAUCACGAUAAACAAUCAAGUGCCACCAGGUGCAGCACCUAAUCAGGCACCCCAUAAUUACACACCCUCAGGGGUGAAUGAAGGAACAAAAAGACCCCACGUUAACCCAUCCCAAACGACAAAAAAAUCAAAUCUCGAUCUUCUCGCUGAUCUCGACAUAACGAUAAAUCAUGCACCACUGGUGCCUGAAAUUCAGACAUCGGAGAUGCCGAAACACGUGAAAGAGGAGAAGAGGAAUGAGCUGAAUGACGAAGCCAGUGCUCCGAGGGAAGAGCGCCCCUUCCAGCUGGACGAUAAGCACGAAAAUCUCCAAAUCGUCUGGGACACGUGGUACAACGACGUUCAACCCAAGAGGGAUCCCCUGGGUGAUCCCGUCGUACUCCAAAAAUUCAUAGCUGACAUCGAGAAGUACGAGAAAUUUGUCGACAGCCUGACUGUCAAGACUCUGAGUGGAUCGACGAAUUUGGAGAACAAGUGGAGGGAGAUUCGAGAGUUUGAGGAGAGGGAGUCCAAGAGGCAGGGGUUCACUGCUGCUUUGGCGCAUGUGGGGGAGAACAGGUCGUCUGACUGGAUCCCUUAUGACUCGACCAGGGUGAAGCUGGGGGAGGGCAGCUCGGAUUAUAUUAAUGCCUCGCAUGUUAAGGACUUGACCCAGUGGACGCCGAUUUUCAUCAUCACUCAGGCGCCAGUCUCCAGUGGAACUAUUGAGGCCUUCUGGGGGAUGAUCUGGGAGCAGGGGAGCGAGGUUGUCGCCUGCCUCUGCAGCGAUGAUCAGAUGGAUAAUCAGGAGAUCUACUGGCCCAGCGAGGGCGGGGGGCUGUCUGUUGGGGGGUUCAAUCUUCAGCUGAAGACACUGACGAAUCAUUCCAGCUAUGUCAGGCGAGUUAUCACGGUUUUCAACUCCAAGGAGAGGGCUGAGAAGGUCGUUGUGCACAUGCAGUACUCGUCGUGGCCGCGCGGGGGAUUCCCCAGCAGUCCUGGGGGCUUUCUAUCUUUUGCCACUGAUAUUAUGUCUGAGCAGGCGUUGAGGCACUGCCCCAGGCCCAUUGUCGUUCACUGCAUGACUGGGGGACCCCUCAGUGGACUCUUUGUACUUGCUGCUGCCACUGUCUGUCAUGUGCGCGCUGGCCAUGGCAUCGUUGAUGUGCCUCUUGUUUUAUCCACACUCGCCAAGUACCGAAAGUGCCUCAUUGAUAGGGAUUCACUGCUCUUUGGAUAUCGCAUGGUACUUUAUUAUGCGCAGGACAGCCUCAUGAAGCGAGGGAUUUUAUCAUCGACGAGAUCGACAUUCGAUGGAUUUGACAGUUUAAAGGGUAAAGGAAAAACCGUUAAACACUGUCAUCCCUCUGACGAUUUUCUUCAUAAUUUAGGAGUCGGUGGUAUAGCGAGACAACAGAAUAACGAAACAGCAAGCCAGAUGCAGAGUAAACCGAAAACAUCUGAUACCGAGGAUAAGACUGAUAGAGUUAAACCAGUAGAUCCCCUGAGUCAACUUGACCCACUCUGGUCAAUCCGUAAAUAACUUCGAGCAAGUUUUACACACGUUCCAGAUGAUUUUUCUGUUAUACUGAAUCAAAUUAUUGUGCUAUUAAUACUGAAUCUUUUUUUGUGAAGAUUUAUUCAGCAGUGAAGCGAUGAAAACAGUUCAAAUCGAUUUUGACUGGCGAGAUUUCGAUGGAUAUCUCGAAAUCUGAGGGAGAUAGCAAAAUUUUUGUUGGGACCUUUUUUGUAGAGCGAAUUGAGGGCUAGAAAAAAGGUCAUCACGAAAAUUUCGCUAUCUCCCUUAGGCUCGGAGAUAUUGGGGCUCAAUCGACUUGAAUCGUUUUACCCAUUCGCUACUGUCCUGGUUUUUGUUGAUUCACGGUGUUACUGUGAUGGAUUUUAAACUCGAUGGGCGAUGAAUAAUUGUACAGCUGAUUGAUAUUUGGUCAGGAGGACAUGUUGAGAUAAAACCAUAUGCGUAUUAAUUAUUAAACUUAUUUUACUCUUCAUA